AUGAUAUCUGGAAUUAAAAAAGUUGAUUCUGCUGUGGCAAGUAUUUCCCAGUGGAAUGCUGGUUUGGGAGCAAACUACCAUUUCUAUGGUGUUCUAUCAUCGGCUGGUCUUACUUCGAUUGGUCAAGUUUUAUCAGCAAUCAGUAUGGAGGCACCUCCUCCUGCAUGUCCAAAAUGUAAACCAUAUUUGGCAACAGUUACUAGCUAUGAAGAAUUAAAUUUCUUAUCAACUAGCUAUUUGAAUAGUUUUGCAGUGGGAACAGCUGUUUUCGUAAGUGGUAGCAGAGACGAUAACAAUCCCGAUAAUUGGGCUUUCAACUCUGGACCAGAGAUAAAUCAAACAUUUUUCACUACAUCCACUGGUCAGUAUACAUAUUUUUCUGGCUUUCCUUUAUCUUUACCUGGAGACACUCCAUCCGUAGACUACGUAUAUGUAUUUCCAAGAAAUAAUUUCCUAAGAACUUCAGGUUUCAAUCAACCAAAUAAUAUGGUUUACUAUUUUGUUGAAUUCUCUCCCAAUGAACCUUAUAUUCCACCUGUUAGCACAAGAGGUGAAAUAGUAUUAGCCAAAUAUCUUGAUAGUUUUGUUAUUGAUCUAUUGGUAAUCACAUUGAUACCAGGUAAUGGUGGCCUACCAGUGGAGUGUCCAAUCACUUCAAGAGAUAAUCACUACAAAGAAGUAAAUGUCCAAAUACCACCGAUGAUUGGAAAUGUAAACUAUGAUAUCAUAUUGUCAGAUGGUUUCACUAAUUUCAAUUUGACCAAUUAUAAAUAUAAAGCACCUGUUGCAUUAUCUAUUUAUCCUGUAUUUCAAUUAAAUGAUUUAUUAACAAUUGUUGGAGAUAAUUUUGGUAAUGAUCAUUCGAUUAUUACAGUUACAACAGGAGCCAAUUCAAAUCCAUGUACAUAUGUUUAUAUGAUAGAGCCACACCGAGUGAUAUCAUGUCGUCUCGGUACUCUCGUUGAUACUACACCUCUUUUACCAAUUAAUAUUAAAGUUGGUACCAGCUAUUUGAUAUCAAACUUCCGUGUUCCAUUUUAUGAACCAGAAACUGUAAAGAUGCACAAGAUUGUUGCUAGUUUCAGUUUGUUUAGUGAGAUGCUACAAGGUGUUGUCGAUAUGAGAAAGAUAUCGAAUAUAGAUGGCAAUAAACCGUAUCUUGGAAACUUUGACAGUUUAAAUCAAAUGCAAUUGAUCAAGAAAGUGUAUGCUUGGGGCGCAAUAACCAAUAACGUUGUAUUCGUCGGUCUCAUCGGUAACAGCUCCAAUGAUGCUCUGAUUGCCAAUGGUGGUGGUCCGCGUGACGGCACUGUUGCUGUCCGAGCUUUAAAUUGCCAAACAAUCUACUGUCCAAACGCAUUCGCCGGUAACACGGCAGUCAAUGGACCUACACUCUACAAUGGAGGUGACAACUACUUCAAAUUGGGUGGUUCUUCACCACCGCCUACCGUCGGAGCAUUCUACCAAUUCGGAGACACCCCGGUUAUUCCACCUCAAAACUUCACAAUCGAUGCAAACGGUGGUAUCGUUAUCGUUCCACUUCUCUCUGGAUCCGUUGGAUUUAAAUACACAAAACGUUCCUACUUCUUGAAUAACAUCAAGCAGAAUGCUAGUAUUACGAUUAUCGAUAAUUCAAACUUGGGUAUUACCAUUCCACCCGGUGUAAAUCAAACACUGAAUCUAACGAUUACCAUUGAGAAUUUGGUGUUCUCUGGUCACACCGUUACUUAUAAGCCACCUACUAUUGUGAGUGUUACACCUACUCCAACCACUGGUGGUAGAGUUACCAUUCAUGGUUUCAGUCUUGGUAACGAUCCAAAUCUCAUUCAAGUGUAUCUAGAUACUCCGGAGAACGUCUGUAGUCAGCCUUCCAUCCUACUCGAAGGUUAUAUCAUGUCGUGUGACAUACCACCUGGAGUAGGUGUCAAUCAUAUUCUCUACUUGAGAGCCGGUGACUUUAGAAUCAACGGAUCGUUCUCAUACCUUCCUCCAACAAUCCAGUCGAUCACAACUCAACAAACAACCAUUUCUAUUCUUGGAUCAAGUUUCGGAACGAGUGAUUUCACUCCUUCUAUCUUUGUACCGUUUAAUAUCACACCUGAACUCUAUCUUACAGAUCCACAGUUGCUUGUUGCCACCAUUCCUGUGUACUCUCAGAAUGGUAUGGUAACCGUUACAGUUGGUGGACAAUCGACUCGAUUCCCAUAUGUUUUCCAACCACUUCUCACCUCUGUGAAUCCUAGCUCGAUGACAAAUACCGAAGGACAAAUGAUAAAUAUUACCGGUAUCUACUUGACUAGAUAUCGUACUGAUAACACUCAGACAUCGACCUCUGUCACUGUUGGAGGAAGACAAUGUUCAAACCCUUCGUUCAACUAUGAUGUUAACAACACUUAUAUCUCGUGUUUCGCUCCACCCGGUACUGGAAAGUCAGCAGUUCUUUUGGUGAAUAUUGAUGGAAAGUAUUCGAAUGCUCUACACCUUAAUUUCCCUCCUCCAGCUAUAACCAGUUAUACUCAAUCGAAAACCAUUCUAACUAUAUAUGGUAGCAACUUUGGUCCUGAUCCAAGCAAGAUCAAGGUGGAGAUCAAUAAUCUUAUAUACAUUGCCAGUAGUGUAAGUGCCAACCCAUCGAUUGCAAUUGUCACCAUUCCAUCUACUACACAAAAUGGAUAUAUCAAAUUGAUUAUCGAUGAUCAAACAUCGAAUCAACUUGUUUUAAAUCUUCAACCCUCAAUCGAUAAGGUAUCAAAGGCACCAGUUUUUGGUGGACAAAUUCUCAUCAAUGGUCUAUUCUUUAAUACCAUCGAUAGUAAUGGUCAAUCGAUGUCAUUCAAUGUUACCAUUGGAGGAAAACUAUGUACCAAUCCAUCUAUAGUGAUAAACAAUCAAAUUAAAUGUCAAGUCGCAAGUGGUACAGGUGUAUUGGAGUUAAAAGUUAAUAUUGGAAACAAUAUUUCUAUUGCCACAGAGUACAGCUACAUUUCACCUGCUAUUUACAAUACUGCAUUCUAUCCAGUCAACGAUACACUAGUAAUUCGUGGUACUAAUCUUGGUACUGAAGCACCUCUUAUCUCCUUGAUGGCGUCAACAGGCUAUCCAACAAUCAUCACUACCCUUGUUAAUUCUUGGUUUGUCUGGGGUGACACAUCGUUCCAGUAUGCCUAUUUCCAAGUACCUGAAGACAUGUUGAAUGGUUACCAGAAUGUCAGUGUCGACGGCUUACAAUCAAACUAUAUUGAAUUGAUUCUGUCACCCAAUAUCAGCUCUAUUCAAAGUGAUAUUCCAACGACCGGUGGAAUGAUUACCUUGACCGGAAAUCAUUUCGGAUGGGUAGAUAACGGUAAAAACUCUAAUGGUUUAAGCGUUAUUGAUGCCGGUUACUAUGUUGAAAUCAAUAGGAUUUCCUUCACACAGAUUAUCUUCUCAUCUAUUAGAUCCGCAGGUUUUAGAGAUUACGUAUACAUCAAAACCUGGAGGAGAAAUUCUAAUGUUGUCAAUGUAAAAUACCUACCACCAACAAUCGAUUAUGACUAUCUCCAGUUUGAUACUACUAAAAUCAGACUCAAUGGAACUAACCUUGGAGAAUGGAUUUCACCCAAGGCCUAUUUGAAAUUCGCUGCUUUCAAUGGCGGUACUGUUACCAUUGGCUUGCUGACAGUAAAUCAUUACAAAUUGGAAGCAUGGAUACCUUGGAAUGCCUAUAAUGGUAAACUCUCGGCGAUGAUCUAUGAACAGGAAUCAAACGACAUUGAUCUCUUCCUUCGACCAAGUGUAACAUCGAUUUCAUCUGUAGACUUUAUCGGUGGAAUCUGUACACUCUCUGGAAACUUCCUCAACACAAUGAGAUCCGAUAACUCCAGUACCAAUCCAACGCUCGCAUUCCCAGAUGGCUCACAAUGCGAAAAUAUCAGACAGCUACCAGCCAAUCUAUUGACCAAACAAACCGUUUUAAUAUGUGAUAUGCCACCAGGAAAUGGUACAGACAUUCCACUUAAAUUGACUAUCGAUCAACAAUCAACAACCGUUUACUUCACCUAUGGUGCACCACAGCUUAUUUCAUUGGAAGUAAGCGACACCAACCUUGUUACACUCAGAGGUAGAUUGUUUGGUACCAAUACAACUGCUAUCAAUGUUUUCCUUGGCACUGUUUCCAUUCCCUUCUUGACACUACAGGACGAUAUGAUCACCUUCCAAGCCGGUCCACUCUCCAAGAACAACAUGGUUUAUGUUUACAACGUUGGUAAUCGUAAGCAAUCUGAACAACUAUUAGUUAGAUUCUAUCCAAUUGUAAACUCAGUUACACCCACCUCGACUGCAGGUGGUAGAGCUACCAUCACUGGUUCCUAUCUUCAACCAUUAAGAAUGAUAAACCAAGCCAAUCCAAUGUCAAUCAUUAUAAACAACACCAAUACCCAGCUUGUCUAUUCCAAUACCAAUAACCCAACAAUACUGAUUGUAAUGUCACCGGUUGGUUUGGGUAUUAAUAAUAGAUUGAUUGUAACAAUCGAUGGAUUAUCGGAUGAGAUCGAUACAUUCAACUAUAUUCCACCAAUUAUCUAUAAUUACACUCAAAGUGGUCAGUCUCUCAUAUUAAAUGGUGAUAGUUUCAGCAAUAUGAUUAAGUAUAUUCAAAUCUCACCACCAUUCCUUCCAACAUUUGCCAAUCAUAUCAAUCUUGCUAUUGCAUUACCAGCAUCCGCUCAGAAUGGUCCAUUCCAAGUGACUGUAGCCGGUCAAAUAUCGAAUAUUCUUCAAGUUAAAAUCACUCCUAUCAUCCAAUCCUAUACCAACGUUCCAAUCAUUGGUGGUGAAAUAACAUUGACUGGAUUGUUCUUUAAUCAGCGACGUGCAGAUGGUUCACCAACUACUCUUAGUGUCAGUCUAAACUCUACCGCAUUGACAAUCAACUCAAUCAUUUCAAACACACAAGUAUUAUUACAAGUUCCAGCGGGUACCUAUCAAAAUGUAUUGUUAAACAUCACUGUCGAUGGUUUCAACACAUCCACCAGAUACAGCUCGAGAGGUGCAACUGCAACUUCUAUCGUUAAGAGCACUUUGUACCAAGUUCCAAAUAUCAUUACAAUUACAGGUACCGAUUUCAGACUUCCUCUCUCCAUCUAUAUCGAUACGGUUGCAUGUAUCAAUGUUCAAGAGGUUGUAGAGAAUCAAACUAUAAGUUGUUCUUUUGAUGCCAGUGUACCACCUUCAGACAAUCUUAUUCCAGUCACUGUAUAUUCCAAUGGACUGGCAUCAAAAAGCUAUAUCUUUGAUUACGAAGAUUUGCCAUGUCGUGCCAACUGCUCGAAUCAAGGAAUGUGCUUCAAUGGACUUUGCUCGUGUAACAUCGGAUUCUCUGGUUCACUCUGUAAUAUCAAAGUAAAUCUCACUGUGCCAAUCCCCACUGUAAGUGAAUACUCCGGUGAAUAUACCAUUUUCAAUGAAACAUAUUCAGCUGGUAUUGACUUCCUCCGUGAGCUCAAACCAGGUAAUUUCAAUGUAAUCACCGUUCCAAUGGAAAAACUCAAUUGGGAAUCAUUGGAACCUGAGGAUCAAGGAUCGUACGUUCUCUCAACUUCCAUCGGUACCAAUGAAGGAUUGUCACCAGACUUUUCAAUUACAGUCAAGACAUUCAAGUUAAAGUAUGGUGUUGUGUUUGAGUUUGCAGGUGAACACGUUUCCGCAGAAUCUCAUUCCUUCAAACAAACCAUUACAAUUAACCGAUGGCCAUUCCAAUCACCUCUCAAUACUCUCCAAGUAAUUUACAUGUCAGAAGCACCAUCGUCUAUUCUUUUGAACACACCAACAAAAUCUGAAUCCAACUUGACUAUCUUUGAAUCGCCUGCAAUCGGUGAUCUUACUCCUCAGGUAUUAUCCUAUGACAUUCAGAAUAAUCAAACAAUCUUCACUGGACGAUUCACUAGUAGAAUGAUCAAAGAUGACAUAUGGUCAAUGCUUUCGGUAAAGAGAAUCGAUUUAUCUGAUCCAAUAUGGCCAACCAUUGAUGGAAGAUUGAGAACAAUGAUCUCUGUCAACCUACCAAUGUUUGAGCAAUCUAUUGUUUUUGAUCCUACCUUUACUGCUUAUGUAAGAUUAGGAAAUCAAACUGAACCACCACCCACUACCACUACAGAUACUAGCACAACAACUGAUACCUCAACCGCUGAAGCAACAACAACAUCAACAACCGGUACAGGCACAUCAGGAACCGUAACAACUGGUACUUCAACAUCAACCACCACCGGUACUUCAACAUCUACUUCCACAAACAACCCUACAACUGGUACAACUAGUUCCCCAACUACCUCGACCACCUCUUCAACUACAUCUAGCUCUACUUCAACAACUGGAACCACAGGCAGUCCAACAACAUCUACAAUAUCUGGAUCAACUACUUUCUCUCCGAGCCCGACAACACUUUCUGGUUCAUCUAUUCCAGUAACAACAACCAACUCACAAACCACUUCUUCAGGAUCAAUUAAGUUCUGUCCAGGUAAUCCUGUAUGUAACGGUAAUGGAUAUUGUAAUGUCACUCUACUCAGGUGUGUGUGUAACUCUGGUUUCGGAGGUGCCGAUUGCUCUGAUAAGGUGGAUCCAUCAACUCCCGUCAAACCAAAUCCAGGUGAACCAUCGACAAAUGGUACAGAUACCAACAACAUUAACACUCGUAUCGAUGUUGUUGCCCUUAGACAAUUGACCUAUAGAGGAGUAGUUCUCACUGAACAUCUCCUCUCAAAUUGGAGCUACUACGAAGUGAAUCUCACUCAAGGAAUAUCGAGAUAUCAAUACAGCACAAAGAUCUCUGGUACACAAACAAUUCUCAAUAUAACCAUCGACACUUUCACACAAUCGACAGAUGUAACAUUUGCUGGUAUAACGACAACAAUGGCGCCUGGAGCCAUCAAAUACUCGGCAAUCCUAGAGAAUGCAUAUCCAUUCUCUGCUUUCGACAACCAAUUGGAGCUGGUAUUCCAAACAACGGUGUCGGAUCUUAAUAGCUUUGGAUCAUCGUGUUCCUACAGCUCUGCGGAAUACGAUAACAAUCAGAAUCUUCAGUCGAUCACCAUCCAAGUCAAUGGACGAACCCUUUAUGGCAGAUUCAUGGACAAGGUAGAAUUGGAUGGUGUACCCAUCCCAACAAGAAGUAGCUUGCUAUCAAAUGAUGACACACUCAGAAACAACACAAAUACAAAGAAUCAAGCACUCAUUGGUAUGAUCAUUGCUCCUAAACCAUACUUUACAAGAGCAGUUGCCGAUCCAGAUUUUUCAUUGUUACUCUCUGGUAAAGAUGCUUCCUCCAAAUCAGGAUCAGUAUGCAAUGGCAAGAAAAAGUUAACAGGUGUCGAAAUUGCUGGUAUUGUGCUUGGUUGUGCUGCUUUCGUUGGUGUUGUAGGUGCAAUUGCAAUAAUAUCUAUAAGAAAGAAGAUGGAAAAAAAUAGACAAAAUCGUUUGAUUUCCAACAAGCUUUCUCAACUUAAAAAAGAUGAUAAUUAG